CUUAGUUUUCAAAAACAGAAUACAAAAAAAGAAAUGGUUACCAAAUGAAUCUCUAGUUUUCUUGACAUGAUUUUAAUGUUAAUUGAAAUAGCUAUAAAUUUUUGUGUCCCAUUUUGUUUGGAACAUAACUUCAGAUAUUAUGACAGAUGGGGCCAGCUUACCAGAAAUUGGUGCAAAUGAGAAAAUGAAUGUACCUCAACCAAUGAAGCAACCCAUGUGAGCCAUUGAUGAAGCCAACUUUCUUGGUUUCCUAUCUUCUAUUCAUAUGUUCUCACAUCUUCUCUUUUCUCAUUCUUUAUAUACACACACCAAACAAACAACUAAUCUCCAACUUAAAUCCUCUCACAUAUUCUCAUUCAAGCAUUGAAGUUUACUACUUCUAGAUCAAUAUCAAGACUGAAAAUUUGUUCGAAGUCCUUCUCCUCUUGCUUCAAUCAAAUUUAGCCAUGGGAAUUCGUUUUCCUUCGGUCCUCCUUGGUGCCGCCAAGCAAAUUCUCAAGAUGCAGUCUGUUUCUGCAAAAUGUCAGUCCAAUGUUCCUAAAGGUCACAUUCCAGUGUACGUAGGAGAAACUGAAAGAAAACGGUUUUUCGUUCCGAUAUCUUACUUGAGUCAUCCUUCAUUUAUAGAUUUGCUUAAUAGGGCUGAAGAAGAGUUUGGAUUCAGCCACCCAACUGGACGUUUGACAAUUCCCUGCAAAGAAGAAGCCUUCAUUGAUGUUACUUCUGGACUGCAUGCUUCAUGAAUGAUUUAAGAACAAGGAGUAAUCCUCCUCACAGUUUUGACCAUUUUUUUAAUCUUCAUUUUAGUGUAUUGAAGAUAUUGUAAAGGAAAAUUUUGUAUGUAAAUGGUUAUAUUAGAAAAAAGUGGAGAGUUAAAAAGGCCACUUAAACAUCAAUGAAAAAUAUCAGUUGCAAAUUUGCAAUAUAUAUUUUUGUUUUAA